AUUUAGAGUUAAAUAAUGAAAUGUGAUAAUAUGAUUGGGAUUCUGAUAAGUCUCCAAUCUAACAGAUUGUCACCAAAUAGCCAUUCAGUUAUUAUUUUGCGGAAACAACUUCCCUCUCAGCUGUUCUGUUCAUGUUGCAUCUUGGUUCUCGAUUAUGAUCUGCAGUUUUACGCAGGUUCUCACUCAUAAUUUCUAUAGAUCCAUACUUUUUCAGUAUAGUGAUUGUUCUGUAUCCAUAUCAGCUGUUGAUUGGUCUCAGAGAUCUGCCUCAGCUCCUUUACAUAUGCCAUAGGGACUGUAAGGACACGAUCAGCAACUCAACUCCCCCCUCCCCCCCAUAUCUUGGAAUUGUAAGCAACCAUAUCUUUGCGAGUCACCACAUGAAUCUUUCCGUCAAUACAUACACUUCUGGAGUAUAAGCUACGUUUUCUGUCGCUGCUCAGAGUGGGCACAUGAUCCCAAAUUUGUGUGUUUUGUGUCGAACACCUGAAACGAGUUCUUCAAGGAGUUGGAAUCACCAUCUUUGCAGCUUCCUGCUACAUAUAUAUCUUCCCAUUAAGGACGCUGGCAGAAAGUGUCAUUAGCUCCUCCCGCAAGCAUGGAGCCUCGCCCCACGUGUGUGACCGACUGACCGGCAUUACAGAACAGAGACGCUAGAGGAGAGCGCUUCGUAGCUUGAUCCACUAGUGUUAUAAGUAUUAGAACGGACAGCCUCGAGACUUGAAAAAAUACGCUGAUGUCUCAUUGGAAAUUGGGAGUGUAGCCAAAACAUAAUCACUUGACUUCUUCUUUUCCUUCUGGUUUGAUCUGGUUUCACUCAGAGAGUGAACCAACGUGUGUUAAGGCCAGGAAGUUCAUUAGCAAAUCAUCGGGAAGUGAAGGAUUUGUCAGCUUCUCCUUCGUCUUCCUCUUCUUCAUCUUCUUCUUUUCGAGGGAAAACAUUGACGAAAUCUCUCCGUUGAUCAACCACCUCUGGAAUGAACUCUAAUACGGUUUAGGGUUUGUUUAGAUGGAAUUGACUUUUUUUUUUCUUCUUUACGUUAUUCCUAUUUUUGUGUGAACUCUAUUUUUUUCUUCUUUACGUUAUUCCUAUUUUCUUAUUUACGUUAUAAAAAGGCUUAUUUUGUGACUUUAGGCCGAAUUGAACUUUAAAAAAACAAAAAAGAAAGGGUUACGACUUACGAGUUACGACUAAAAAGAAAGGGUUAAGUAACGCCAAAGCAAAGCUUUCUUCAUAUUUCUUCGUCUUCCAUCCAAAAUUACGCGCCUCCCAGUCUCAGAUACAGGCUUUAAUGGGUAAGAAUAAACCUAAACCAAGUGGACAAGAUUCCAAGAAGGAGAAAUUAUCAAUCUCAGCCUUGCUUGCUUCAUCCAGUACUUCCAAGAAGAUGACAACAUCGUCAUCCACUUCUGAGGAUAUUCCAAAAGCUUCAUCCUACAUGGAUGGCGUUGAUCUUCCUCCUUCUGAUGAUGAAGAAGACGAAGACGUAUCUGAUGAGGAACAGAGACAGAUGGAUGCAAGGAGGAAGCACAAGAGCGAGCAAAGGCAACUUGAUGAUAUCUUUGUGACUGAUAAAGAACAAAAGAAGCGAGAGAAAAAAGAAAGAUUAGCUUUAGAAGCUGCCAGGGCUGCACAGAUUGCAAAGACGAAGAGGUCGUUGGAGGACGACCGCGAUGCAUACACUGUUGUUAUUGGAAGCAAGACCUCGUUGCUUGAAGGACAAGACAAGGCGAGUGCUAAUGUUAGAUAUAUAAACAUCGAUUCUUUUUCUGUCUCUUGUCGUGGUAAAGUACUUCUCAGUGACACCUCUGUUAAAAUAUCACAUGGUAAAAGGUAUGGACUGUUUGGACCAAACGGAAUGGGGAAGUCUACACUGUUAAAGCUUUUAGCUUGGAGGAAGAUUCCAGUUCCAAAGAAUAUUGAUGUUCUUCUUGUUGAUCAAGAGGCGGUAGGUAAUGAAAAGAGUGCUAUGGAUGCAGUUCUUUCCGCUAAUGAAGAGUUGGUUAAGCUACGGGAAGAGACUGAAGCUCUCAACAAGAAUGAUGGUGGUGAUACUGAUAAUGGAGAAAAGCUUUCUGAAUUGUACGACAGGCUGCAAAUUUUGGGGUCAGAUGUUGUUGAUGCGGAGGCGUCCAAGAUUCUGCGGGGGUUAGGAUUCACACAAGAUAUGCUACGGUAUCCAACUAGGAAACUAAGUGGUGGCAUGAGGAUGCGUGUUUCCUUAGCUAGAGCUCUCUUUAUGAAGCCUACUCUUUUGUUGUUAGAUGAACCAACCAACCUUCUUGACCUGAGAGUUGUUCUUUGGUUAGAGGGGUAUUUGCUUCGGUGGAAGACAACUCUAGUUGUUGUUUCACAUUACCAGGACUUCCUCAACGCAGUGUGCAUAGAUAUAAUUCAUCUGCAUGAUCAUAAACUCGGCUACUAUAGUGGUAACUUCACUGAUUUCGAACGUAAAUAUAAGCUGAAACGCAAUGAGGUGAAUAAAAAGUUUGAGAUCCUCGACAAACAGAUGAAAGCAGCUAAGAGGUCUGGAAACCGGGAUCAACAUAAUAAGGUAGAGGAAAAGGCGGCCAAAGCAACAAAAGGUUCAAAACAAUGGAGAGACUAUAGCGUGGUGCUCCAUUUCCCGGAACCAACGCAGCUCCCUCCUCCUCUUAUGAUCAAGGGUAGCUUCAGUUACCCCGACGGGAAAGAUAAUAACAAGCCAGGCUUCAGGCUCUCAGAUGUUGAUGUAGGUAUCGAUAUGGAGACAAGGGUCGUCAUAGUUGGAUGUAACGGAGGGGGGAAGUCAACUCUUUUGAAACUUCUUGCGGGAGAAUUAGUUCCAACCGAAGGUGAAGUGAAAAGAAGCCAGGAGCUUAGGAUUGGCUGGUAUUCUCAGCACUUUGUUGACCUCUUGACGAUGGAUGAAACACCUGUUGAGUAUCUUCUUCGUCUUUAUCCUGACCAAGAAGGAUGUAGCAAGCAAGAAGCAGUGCACGCUAAACUAGGCAAGUUUGGGCUACCAAGUAACAGCCACUUGACUCCGAUUGAUAAAUUUUCUGGAGGGCAAAAGGCUAGAGUUGUGUUAACCUCGAUAUCAAUGUCUAACCCACAGAUUCUGCUUCUUGACGAGCCAACGAAUCAUUUAGACACGCAGACUAUGGAUGCUUUGGCGGAUGCAUUAGAUGAGUUCACAGGUGGAGUUGUGUUGGUGAGUCAUGACUCGAGACUCAUAUCGCGUGUCUGUUCGAACGAGGAGAAGAGUCAGAUUUGGGUUGUGGAAGACGGGAAUAUGACUAUAUACCCCGGUUCAUUUAAAGAGUACAAAAAAGAGCUCCAAAGAGAAAUCAAAGCAGAGCUUGAUGAGUGA